UACGGCGGAAGGCAUCGAAAGGGUGUCCGUCCGUCCCAUUAUUGCCGGAGCGGCACGAAUAUCGCCCGCAAAGCUCUCCAGGCGUUAGAAGGCGUAAAAUGGGUUGAAAAGGACGCCAACACUGGAGGCCGAAGAAUGACGAGCCAAGGAGUGCGUGAUUUGGACAGAAUUGCCGCUCAACUGAGGAGUGCGACCAAAGCCAGACUCCUGGCCGAGGCUGCGGCCGCCUCUUUGACCGUCGUUUAAUUGAAUUAAAUAUUACUGUAAUGUUUGCGAUUCAAUAAAUUUUCUUAAUUAAUGGAAACA